GUCUUGGCCGGCCAGCCCCAGACUGCGCGCCUACGCCCCAAGCUGCAAGCCUAGCAACUAGACCUUCCCGGCUUCCCCUAGCAUCCUGUGGGCUUGAUCGCGUUGCCAUUGACGUGCUCGUCCGCGCCCGACCGUUGCCCCAACCGCGCACGCCAUUGCUGCCGCCCGCGCCACGCGCCGCUCUCCUCUGGCCCGCGUGUGAUUGCUGGACCUUAAAUUCGGGAUGCAAUGCAGUUACGUCUGGAGUUUGGAGUCGUUUUGUCCUGUACACUUUGGUACCCCGGCCCGCUGCUGUAAACAAAGGGGUCAGGAUUUAGGACAGAGCAAACAGAGAGUUCCCUUCCGUGUGAUCCAUCUCAGCUGGGGCAAAGCCAACAGACAGCCGGAGCCAUGGUCGCCGCCACGGUGUCAAUGCGGCUCCGCCGCUCCACGCGGACGCACGACGCCUACAGGUACAAGGUGCGCGCAGCCGGCGCCGGCCGCCGUGGCUUCCUAGCCAUGGUUACCUCGAGCCCCUCCGUCGCGCGCCGCUGGGUGCACACCACGCUGUGGCGUGGCCACCACCGCCUCCGCCACGGCAAGCCGCUCACGGUCGGCAUGGGCGUGCAGUGGACGCCCCCCUUCCGCCGCCCGAGCACGCUGCAGCUCUGCUGCGGCCACCGCUGCCUCGUGUUCCAGAUCGCGCAGGCCGGCGGCGGCAUCCCCAACGCGCUCCGCCGCUUCCUGCGCGACUACCCGUCCGUGGAAUUCGUCGGCUACAACGUCCUCGCCGACUGCCUCAUGCUCAGCGAGCACUACGGCCUGGUGGUCAGCCGCGCCACGGAGCUGCGCGUCCUGACCGGCAUGGGCCGCGCGUCCAUGGAGGGCAUGGCGGAGCGGCUCCUCGGCUGGAGCGUGAGCAAGUCCAGGAAGGUCGCCAUGAGCAACUGGAACAGGCGCAAGCUGUCCAAGGCCCAGGUCACCUACGCAUGCCUCGAUGCCAACCUCUCCUUCUGCCUCGGGGUUCAUGCAAGGAGGACGCGGCAAUCAGUAUUAACAGCAAUGGCAGCAGGGAGCGAUUGAGUUGGCCACAUAUUGUAGUAUGGUACUCGUCGUUUAACUGUUCUGGAGUAGGAUCUUACUGUAUCAUCCAAGAACCACCUCCAUUUGCAUGUAUAAAUUUAGUCUAAUCUUCGUCUUCUGUAGAUAUUGUGUGAGUACCGUAUGUGUGGGUGUGUGUCUGUGUGCGUGUCUUCGAUGUGAUCCAAGGAGAAAGAUAUAAUGUGUGCUGCAGGUCUUAAUAUUUUGUUUCGCAA